UCUGCGGGCUACCACAUUGCCUCUGUCCGCGCCAAGAUAUAGAAGCCGCACAAACUUCACAUUCCACGACGGCGAAAGAUAUUGUCUUCGCUCCUUACCGAUCAUCACUUUGCCGUGGCUCUUGUUUUGCCCGAGUCGUGAUCGGACCACCGCAGAUUACAGCCACUCAGCCCAGAUCUUAACGCACAAAUACCGCCAUCAUGUCGUUCCAAGACCCGAAGAAGACGUCGCAGAUCGACCAGCCAAAGAUCCACAAGAUCCGCAUCACUCUUACUAGCCGCAAGGUCGCCUCGCUCGAGAAGGUCUGCAGCGAGCUCAUUGAGCGCGCCAAGAGCAAGGAGCUGCGCGUGAAGGGUCCCGUACGCAUGCCCACCAAGCACUUGAAAAUCUCCACUAGGAAGACGCCAUGCGGUGAAGGAUCGAAGACUUGGGACUUCUUCGAGAUGAGAAUUCACAAGCGCUUGAUCGACCUCAAUGCGCCGACGGAGGUGGUGAAGCAGAUCAUUAUCAACAUCGAGGCUGGGGUUGAAGUUGAAGUCACCAUUGCUGCGUAAAUAGCUUGCAGAGGACCACGUUAAAGCACACAGUAGUUACAUCUGCAGCCACAGGUAGCUACUACAACACGAUGUUGAACGACG